AUGAAUGAAAGACUCGAUACCUAUGAAAACCUCACAAACAUGGAGGUUGUUCGUAGAUAUCGUCUAGAUAAGGAUGGUAUUGAUCGGCUGAAUGAUGAAUAUGGUGAUCGAUUAGCGCCAAGAACACUUGGCCAAAGAAAUGUCUCCGCUUUGGAAAAAAUAAUUGUCACCCUACGCUAUUUUGCGUCGGGUGACUUUCAAACCAAUGAUGGAGACAUCCAUAAACUGUCACAGCCAUCUGUAUCAAGAGCUGUGACACAAUUCACAGAGAUGCUGGCUAACCAGGAAACGAUGACAAGAAACAUAACAUUCCCAACCAGUAUGCAUGAUAUAACCAGGGUGAAGACGGACUUCCAAGGUAUAGCCAACUUUGCCAAUGUUGUUGGAGUGGUUGACGGGACGCAAGUCCAAAUUCAAGCUCCGCAUGUCAAUGAGGACGCCUAUGUUAAUAGAAUGGGAUAUCAUUCGAUUAAUACCCAGGUGAUAUUCAAUGGCCAAGACCGACUUAUUGAUAUAGUUGCACGGUGGCCAUGA